AUGAACUCGGCCGCCAUCACAAACGACACAGUAACUCUCCGGAGCAAGAAGUUCAUGACUAACCGACUACUUAGGCGGAAACAGAGGGUCAUUGAUGUUCAUCAUCCCGGAAAGGCAACAGUACCUAAGUCAGAAAUUUGGGAAAAACUAGCCGAAAUGUACAAGAUCGCAGAUGUCAUCUUUGUAUUUGGAUUCAGAGCCCAUUUUGGUGGUGGCCAGACAACUGGCUUUGGCAUGAUUUAUGAUUCCUUGGAUUAUGCAAAGAAAAACAAACCCAAACAUAGACUUGCAAGACAUAGCUUAUAUGAGAAGAAAAAGACGUCAAGAAAACAGAGAAAGGAAGAAUACAAGAACAGAAUGACGCAAUUCAGAAGAACUGCAAAAGCCAGUGUGGGUCCUGGCAAAAAGAAGUGAGCUGGAGAUUGGACCAGAGAAGGAGUAAAGAUUCUGCAGUGACUUUAUCUGUGGUGAUUGUGCAGAUUUUUCAGGAGAGGAUUAAUAAACUAAGAACUUUUAUGUGUAAAAUAAAUAAGCAAACAAAUAAAGUAUAUGUGACACCAAA